GUGAGCAUUUCACCUCCGUAACCUAGUGAUAUCUCAUCAAUAAAUAAUAAAAAGUGUCGCCAUUAUGGAGGAGAGUUACGCGGUGCACAGACGUCGCAAGGCAGCGGCAUCAGCGAGAAGACGUGAGAAAACCCCAGAGGCGCGACAGCGCGAGGAUGACGUCGACGAAGAUGAGGACGCUGAGGCUAGAGAGGCCCGUGCCCGCAUGGAGCGGAUGGUGGAGGACACAGAGCGCAUGGAGGCGCUUGCCAAUGAAGCGCCAGAAAAGCCAAAUGACGAGAUCGACGACAACAAAGUCGACCCGAUUAGCGAACCGAAGCGCACCGAAGCCGAUAGUUUUGAUGAUUCAAAACCGGGGGAAAUUGUUGCCAACGAAAAUAGAACGGAAUCUAUUAGACGAGUGCGAGACACGUCCAGAAGACGUGCCAAACAGUCGCAGGAGCGAUUCAGCACCGGUGGCUCAAGCGCUGACGAUGAUAAAUCAAGUAAGAGCGAGGCUGAGAGACACGAGAGGAAGAGGGAGAAGAGACCGCGACGCUUGAGGAAGGAGUCGUCGCGACGGAAUGAUAGUAACGAUGUCACGCGAUCGGGGAAAUAUUCGGAACCGGUUGCGCCGCCCAGACUUGGUAAAUCGCAUGGGGAGACGGCUUCCGAGACAUCUUCGCAUCGUAAACAUCACUCUGAAGAGUACAAUAAAGUUAAGGGGAGCAAGUCAACUUCGGAGGAGACUAUCAGGUCGCGAUCGCGGCGGUCGUCUUGCUCGGAAGAUCGUCAGGGAGAUGUCGGUCAAAAGACGAAGGAGUCUCUGGAUCGGAAUUCGCGCGAUGUUAAACAGAUCACUCCACCGGGAGUUGGCAGAUCCCGUGGGGAUGAGACCGCUUCUCCGGACAGUAAACAUCACUCUGAAGAGUUCAAUAAAGUUAAGGGGAGCAAGUCAACUUCGGAGGAGACUAUCAGGUCGCGAUCGCGGCGGUCGUCUCGCUCGGAAGAUCGUCAGGGAGAUGGUCAGAAGACGCGGGAGAGUCUACAUCGGGACGAAGAGUCUGGUGCGGCACAUCGUAACGACAGUAUUCCCUCGCGCGGUGUUAAACAGACUAUUCCACUCGGCAAUGACAGUUUGAUGCACGACCUUCCACCGGGAGGCGGCAGAUCACACGGGGAUGAGACAGCUUCAUCGCACCGUAAACAUCACUCUGAAGAGUGCAAUAAAGUUAAGGGGAGCAAGUCAACUUCGGAGGAGACUAUCAGGUCGCGCUCGCGGCGGUCGUCUUGCUCGGAAGAUCGUCAGGGAGAUGUUGGUCAGAAGACGAGGGAGAGUCUACAUCGGGACGAAGAAACCGGUGCGGCACAUCGCAACGACAGUAUUCCCUCGCGCGGGGUCAAACAGAUUAUUCCACUCAGCAAUGAAAGUUUGAUGCACGACCUUGAGAUCGCCCAACAACAGUACGAGAGACGAGAGAUCGGUAUUUUGGAUGCGGACGUUGAGGACUAUGUCAGCCCCAAGAUGGAGGCCGCUUUGAGGAGGAGGAAGAGACACAGGAGCAAAAUUGAGGCGGCGGACAUGUCCUCUGUCGAGGGGGAUGUUGGAGAUGUUAAGGAUGUUGAGGAUGUCAAGGGUGUCAAGGGCUCGUGGCUUUGGUCGUGGCUGACGUGCUUCAGAGCACAGAAGGAGAAGGUGGAUGGGCCAGCGGACAAUGUAACUGGGGCUGAGCCAGUGGAGAAGAAAGUCGAGGAAAGUCGAGGACAGGAAGUUAAGGGGAAGCCCAGGUUUCUGGAAUACGUGAGGAUAUCGUCGGAUUUGAGGGCUCAAUUCAGUAUUUAUGUCGCCCAGAACCCUAGGGAGACUGAGGUCCUCAGGAGGCACAGAAAUCGGUGCAUCGCCGAGUUGAUCCUCAUGAUUAUUUAUUGCGGCUUGGGGGCCUUCGUCUUUCGAUUCACCGAGGGGGCUUUCGAGCAGUUCUACAAGUGCGGGGUCAAGCGGGUGAAACGCGAUUUUUUGGACAGUCUGUGGAAUUACAGUCAUAAUUUGAAGGAGGACGACUGGAAGAGCAUGGCUAGGAGAAAAUUGAAGGAGUUUGAGGAGCAGCUUUAUGAGGCGUAUGACGCCGGACUUCAUACUUACAGUGGACAGAAAACGUGGAGUUUUCUUAAUGCUUUCGUUUAUUGUCUGACGGUUGUUACUACUAUUGGCUAUGGUCACAUAUACCCUACAACGUCCACCGGCCAAGCGAUGACCAUAAUCUACGCAAUUUUUGGUAUUCCCAUGUUUUUAAUAAUCCUCGCUGAUUUCGGUAAAUUGUUCACUCGAGGAAUGAAGUUCCUCUGGGCGUUCGUAAGACGGGUGUAUUACACGGGAAGUUGCCGAAGGGUCAGGCGAACUGCCCCAGUUCAGGAAGUAAUGAAGGGGGUUCAAUUAGUUUACGACUUUGCGACAUUUCGUCGGCCGUCCCAGAUGAACCCGGAGGAGAUUGAAGAGAUGAAUCGGCAGGCAGUCCCUCAAACAACCAUCAAUCUCGAUGGCAACGCACCUCUACCUCAGCCCGAUACACCGGGUACACCAGCAUUCUCUGCCUUCGAAAUUGACGAUGAGUUCAAUCUGCCAAUUUCUGUCGCCAUCACACUACUCCUCGCAUAUAUAUUCGUCGGCGCUACUGCAUACAAUAUCUGGGAGGAUUGGAACUUCUUCCAGAGUUUUUAUUUCGUCUUUAUAUCCAUGAGCACCAUUGGUUUCGGUGAUUUUGUACCGAAGCCGCAUCCUAUAUACAUGAUGUGCUCUAUAGUCUAUCUCGUCUUCGGCCUCGCCCUCACGUCCAUGUGCAUCAACGUCGUCCAGGUGAUGCUAUCAGAUUCGUUUAAACAAGCGAGCCAAAAAAUAGGCGCCACCAUAGGUUUCGAAGUUGCGGUAGACGACGGAUCGAUACAAACUACUGCACCACCACCGGUUGAAGUUGCUGACGUACAUGCAACGAUUAAGGAGGAUGAUGAAUACAAUGAGAAGAAACAAGCACCAAAGGCUAAGGAAGAAGACGUUGAUUUGUGAAAUAAUAAAUGCCGAAUAAUUUA